AUGCGGGCCGGCCCGAGCCCACGCCCGGCGCUCGGAGCUGCCCCCGCCCUGUUGGCAACCCUGUUCUCUGGGCUGAGCGGGGCAGGGCCCGGGGCCCAGGCCAGCCACUGCCCGGAGCUGCAGGAGAGGCUGGCUGGUGACUACAUGCUGGGCGGCCUGUUCCCCUUCAGUACCACUUCAGAGGGGCUACUCAACCUGACCAAGUCCGGGGGGCUCCUGUGUAGCAGGCCUCACGCCCUCCGCUUCCCAUCUGCGCUUCCUCGGGUCUGGUCGGAGACCCAAGGAGGACGGCGGGGCCGGUCCCAUCCAUCCCCGGUCAUCCCCACCUCUUCCCCCUUGCCCCUCGGCAGCCAGGCCUGGCCCACGGGGCUGCUGUGGGCACUGGCCAUGAUGCUGGCCGUUGAAGAGAUCAACAACUCCUCGUCCCUGCUGCCCGGGGUGCGCCUGGGCUACGAGCUGCACAACACCUGCACGGAGCCGCGGGAAGCCAUGCGGCCCAGCCUGCUGCUCCUGAGCGGGGCCGGGGAAUCGGGGCUGCCCGCCGCCUGCAACUACACCCUCUACCAGCCCCGCGCCGUGGCCGUCAUCGGACCCCACUCCUCCGACCUGGCCCUGGUCACCGGGAAGCUCUUCAGCUUCUUCCUCAUCCCACAGGUCAGCUACGGAGCCACCAGUGAGCGGCUGAGCAACCGCGCCUCCUUUCCGUCCUUCUUCCGCACGGUGUCCAGCGACCGGCACCAGCUGCAGGCUGUGAUGGCCCUGCUGAACCACUUCCACUGGAACUGGGUGGCGGCCGUGGGCAGCGACGACGAGUAUGGGCGCCAGGGCCUGAACCUCUUCUCCAGCCUGGCGGCCUCCCAGAACAUCUGCGUGGCCAUCGAGGUCAUCCUGCCGGACCCCGGGGCCCAAUCCGGCAGCCCGGACGAGGUGCGGCGCCUCCUGGACCAGAUGGACAAGAGCCGGAUUCGGGUGGUGGUCCUGUUCGCCACGGACGUGCCCGCCUAUGGCCUGCUGCAUGGCGCCAUCCAGGGCCCCCGGGUGUUCCGCGUGUGGGUGGCCAGCGAGGCCUGGCUGCUGUCCCGCUUGGUGUCCUCGCUGCAGGGCAUCUGGUGGGUGGGCACCGUGCUGGGGUUUGCCCAGCGGGGGGCCGAGGUGCCCGGCUUCGGCCGGUACGUGGCCGGCCGUCUGUCGUCCGCCCAGAAUCCGUCCCGCUGCCCGGCGGCCGCCGCCGUACCCCCGGGGUGUCCGCUGUGCGGGGCCGUGAGCCUGGAGAACGUCUCCGCCGAGCUGCAUCACCAGCAGUCCUUCUCCGUGUACUCGUCCGUGUACAGCGUGGCGCACGGGCUGCACAAGGCGCUGGGCUGCACCGCCAGCCGCUGCCAGGACCGUACCAUCCGGCCUUGGCAGCUCCUGAACCAUAUGAAGAACCUGAACUUCUCGGCGGGGCCCCUAGAGAUGCAGUUCGAUUCGGCCGGCACCGUGGAGAUGGGCUACAACCUGCUGCAGUGGACGUGGCGGGGCGGCACGUUCACCCUCAAAGAAGUGGGCUCCUUCCAGGGCCAGCUGGUCAUCGACAGAUCCCAGAUCCAGUGGCAGAUAUUUGGGAACCAGGAACCGGUGUCUCAGUGCUCAAGCCAGUGUGAGGAGGGUCAGAUCCGGAGGGUCAAGGGUUUCCACUCCUGCUGUUACGACUGCCUGGACUGCAAAGCGGGCACCUACCGUAGGGAGAGAGGUGAGCCCGGGGCCCGGGGCCACCGCUUUCCUUCCCUAGACUCUGCCCACCCCAGGGUCCCCCAGGUUUCACCCAAGAGGGACGACGACCUGGCCUGCCUGGACUGCCAACCGAGCGAGUGGUCGCCACCGCGCAGCACCCGCUGCUUCCCACGCACGGACACCUUCCUGGCCUGGGGCGACCCGGCGGCCGUGGGGCUGGUCCUGCUGCUGCUGCUGGAGCUGACCCUGGCCGGGGCCGCCCUCCUGCUCUUCUGCCGCCACCUGGGCAGCCCGGUGGUGGAGGCGGCGGGCGGCCGCCUGGCCUGCCUGUCCCUGCUGGCCCUGGCUCUGGCGGCCGCCGGCGCCCUGCUCUUCCCCGGGCCUCCCACCGCCCGCGGCUGCCUGGCGCAGCAGCCGCUGUUCCUGCUGCCGCUGACCGCCUGCCUGACGGCCAUGUGGCUCAAGGCGUCCGAGCUGUUCCUGGGCUCCGAGUGGCCGGCGCUGGUGGGGCCGUUCCGCCGGGCGCUGCGGGGCGGGCGGGCCUGGCUGGCCGUGGCGCUGGGCGUGCUGGCCGAAGGGGCGCUCUGCGCCGGCUCCAUCGUCGCCUUCCUGCCCCGCGUGACCAGGGAUACGAGGACCCUGCCCACGCAGACGCUGAUCCUAUGCCGGGGGAACACCUGGGUGGGCUUCGGCAUCAUGCACGCGCUGCCGGCCACCCUGGCCUUCGGCUGCUUCCUAGGCACCUUCCUGACGCACCAGCCGGGCCCGGGGGGCGGGCUGGCCCGCGGCCUGACCUUCGCGGCGCUCACCUACUUCGCCACGUGGGUCUGCUUCGUGCCGGUGCACGCCAACGCGCCCCGGGCCACCUGGACGGCGCUGCAGAUGGGCGCCCAGCUCCUCUGCGUGCUGGGCCUACUGGCCUCCUUCUACCUGCCCCGCUGCUACGUGCUGCUGCACCCUCCGGCCCAGUCCGGGAGCCGCGGCGCCGAGGGGGCCGGGCCGGGGUCGGGGGAGGAGGAGGCCCGGUGA